UCAUGUAUAGUACUUCUCGAAACAGUUGGAACUUCAGAUCUCAUAGAAUUUCACUCACAGCCACAAAGCAAAGAGAAGCACGGUGUUAAUUCUUAGCAGUAACACUAGCUACCAUUUUAUUACACUCCUCUUGAAACUUGCCAUCUCAGUAACCAUUCCCACGAAAUCUCAUUCUUUGCAUUUGUUUAGAUGUUAAUUAGCAUCCGAUGAAGAAAAAGAAUCAAACUUUUUCCUUCUUUACUCCUUUUACUCUCAUUUGCUUCUUUGUUUUUAGCAAUGCAGCUCUUACAGACUCGUUGCCACCAGCAAAUGUUCAAAGAAAGGCUUUGGGUUAUAGAGAGAAGUUUCUUUCAAUGGAGGAUCAUGCUGCCAACUUACCUUCUCUUACAUUUCAAAACCCAAGACUCAAAAAUGCUUAUGUUGCUCUCCAAGCAUGGAAGGAAUCUAUAGUCUCUGAUCCCAUGAAUUUAACUUCCAACUGGGUUGGAUCCGAUGUUUGCAAUUACACUGGAGUCUUCUGCUGGUCUGCUCCCGACAAUCCAUCUCUUCAAACUGUUUCUGGGAUUGAUCUGAAUCAUGCCGACAUUGCUGGCCACUUGGUUGAAGAGAUUGGACUCCUUACAGAUGUGGCAAUUUUUCAUGUUAACUCCAACAGAUUCUGUGGUAGAAUCCCAAAAGCUAUGAAGAAACUUAAGCUUCUGUACGAGCUCGAUGUAAGCAACAAUCGUUUUUCAGGCCCGUUUCCUUAUGUAGUUCUUGAUUUGCCUGAUCUCAAGUACCUUGAUCUUCGAUUCAAUGAGUUUGAAGGUAAUGUUCCGAGGGAGCUAUUUGAAAAGAAUCUGGAUGCAAUAUUUAUAAACGAUAACAGAUUUGGUUUCGAGUUGCCUGACAAUUUCGGUAACUCACCGGUUUCGGUUAUCGUUCUUGCAAACAACAAGUUCCAUGGUUGUCUUCCUGCAAGUAUCGGAAACAUGUCGAAAACUUUGCACGAGCUGAUCUUGCUGAACAGUGGGCUACGUUCAUGUCUGCCUAAGGAGAUAGGGUUGCUCCAUAAUUUGACGGUUUUUGAUGCAAGUUACAACAAGCUGAUGGGAGAAUUGCCUGAUGAAAUUGGAGAAAUGAAGAGCUUGGUUCGAUUUGCUGUGUCUCAUAAUAUGAUCACAGGGAGUAUUCCCAAGAGCUUUUGCAAGCUUCCCAGUUUGGAAAGUUUUCAUUUUGGCUAUAACUUCAUUACCGGUGAGCCGCGGGUGUGCUUGAGGUUGGAUGAUAUUGACGAUAACAGGAAUUGCUUAAGGGAUCGGCCAAAGCAGAGAUCUCAUUUGCAAUGUGAAGGGUUCUUGUCCAGACCAACAGUUGAUUGUAAAGCUUUCAAAUGUCACAAGUUUGACAUUUCUCCGCCUGGGUCGCCACCACUUGCUCCGCCAGUGCAUUCGCCUCCCCUUCCUAAACCUUCCUCUCCUCCACCACCAGUGUAUUCGCCUCCUCUACCACUGCCUUCCCCUCCACUUCCACCUCCACCAGUUCAUUCACCUCCUCCACCACGACAUUCCUCUCCUCCACCACCGGUUUUUUCGCCUCCUCCACCUCGACAUUCCUCUCCUCCACCACCGGUUUUUUCGCCUCCUCCACCAAGACGUCAUUCUCCCCCUCCACUACCUCUACCUCCACCUCCACCGCCAUCUCGUUUACCCCCUAUUCAUCCACCUCCACUGGUUCAUUCACCUCCACCACCGCCAUUGCUAAGACCACCAUCACUGCCUCCACCCAGAUCACCACCACGAUCACCACCGCGACCACUAUUAUCUCCACCACCUCCACCAGCUCCAGCAUACAAUGGGCCAUUUCCACCAAUAAUUGGCGCCCCAUAUGCAUCUCCACCACCACCACAAUUUUAUUACUGAUUUGUUAUUUAGAAAGAUUUGUCUCCUUUCGCCAAUCCAAUUGAUAGCUUCAUCAGUUCUCAUGUAUUGGUUGUUCUUCCAGCAAGAAGAAAAUGAAUGUGAUAUAAAAUCCUUCUAACAAUCUCUUAUUCAAAGCUAAUUUCUCUUGCGUUUGAAUAAUUG